AUGAAAUCACUGAUGUCGCUUUUGGGAUUUGGGGGUGACACAGGAAAAAAUUGCGACAUUUUUAUCAGUGGCGAGCCAAUUCCUCCUCAGAUUUUGGCCGAAAUUUUGCUAAGGAUCGAUGAUGCCAAAACCAUCGGCUUUGUAUGCCCACUGUUCUUUCAGGUUUGUCGUCGAUGGCACAAUGUUUUAUUGGCGCCUGGCUUCUGGAUCAGUUAUUUAAAGUACCGAUCACUUCCACUACCUCCGCUUUCACUGCGAAGCGCCCCGGAAUUGAACAUGAAAAAAGUUGCAUUACUUCGACCAUUUGGGAGAAAUUUGAUCGUUAAUCCAAGUGGUGAAGAUGGUUUCAAGGGUUGGAACGUAGAGAUGAAGGGCGGCGAUGGCUUCAAAAUUGAGAGACCACCGGAAGGUUGUGCGAAUUACAUUGGCAUGGAGAAUGUUUCGGUUGCAUUUGCCACGAGCUAUCAUUGGUGCAGAAAAUAUCAAAUAAUCGAUCUGUGCAAAGAGGGAAUUGAGAUCUUCUUUGAUGGUAACGAACAGUACAACUCGUGGUCGUUUCUGUUCGUAACUGUCAAAACUCUGGUCGGCUUGGCGUUGCCGAGUUGGGAGACAAGCUGCAGUAUUUGUGGUUUGCGUCCCUCGGGUGAGGGAGUGUGA